AGUAGUUAAAAACGCGCCAACAAAUCAUCCGUUACAUUGUGAAAAAAUUGUGAAUUUUUAACACAACAAUGUAUUUUAUAAGUAUUUUUUGAUGGAAAUUAACUAGAUCAAAAUCAUUUUGAUGAAAAAAUUGUUUUAUUUUAUUGAUAUCUUGUUUUAUUUUUUCAUACAAUGGCAAGUCAAUUUAGUCAUAUUGAAGGUACGUUAAACAUUUAUUUUGUGGUCCUAUCAAAAUAUGAAAGUGCUGAACAAUGUUCUGAUGACAUGUGGGAAGCUUUUAAUAAAUGCCAAGAAAAUGAGUUAGAGCCAACUUGGAUAUGUGAAAAAGAAUGCUAUAAUUUAAGUCCUACAAAAACUGAUAUUUUUGUGAUUGAAGAAUUUCAAGGAAUGUUAUUUGAAAAACUGCAAAACUUUAAAUGUUUCAGAAUUAUAGGACCUUUAUGUUUGCUGCGAUGCUUUUUAACUGGGGAGCCUGUUCCUUCGGGAACGAGUCCAGUUUUUACAACAGCAAUGAGAGAUAUGGUAGUGUGUGCUUCAGGAUUCUGCCAGAAAACCAAAGAAGAAAUUCGUCAAAAAGUAGAAUAUAUGGGUGGAAUUUUUAUAAAAGAACUUCGUGGAUGUAUUACUCAUCUAGUAACAGAUUCUGUAUUGUCGAAAAAAUAUGAAAGAGCUGCUGAAGUUGGAAUAUCUAUAUAUACAGACGAGUGGGUACAUAAGGUGUGGGAAAUGAACCUGACCAGUUUCAUUAAAGCAACAGAACCUAUAUUUGAUCAAUAUAAAUGUCCAAUUUUUCUGAAUUUGGUAGUGACAACGACUAACUUAGGAAAACGUCAAAAAGAAGAAGUUCGAAAAUUUAUAACUGAAAAUGGAGGCACAUAUAUGGGGGAUCUUGAUGGUUCUAAAGUAAAAUUAGUGAUAGCAAAGGAAUAUAUAUCUUCCAGUGCUAAACUCAAAUUCGCAUUCCAAAAUAAUAUUCCAUGUGUUAAAAUAGAAUGGCUGUUCAAAUGUAUUGAUGUUGGAUAUUCUUUACCAAUUGCUGACUACAUAAUUACUCCAUCUUCAAAAGCUAUGUCUUCUACUCCAGAGCGUGGCUCAAUGCACCAAAUAACAUUAAAUUGUUCCAAUGUUAGCACAAUUCCAUGUGAAACUAAUCGCAAUUAUGUAGAAGAAACCAUGUCAAGUACUGUCAGUUCUAAUAUUGAAUCAAGACAACGUGAUUUUGUACCAAGUUUUUCAGUUGUGGAUAAAUUAGAUAUAAAAGAAGCAAAAAAAGCAGGGCCUUUCCUAGACGGUUGUAAUAUUUAUUUAGCUGGAUUUGUUCCUCAACACAGAGAUAAAAUUAGCAGAAUAUUAAAUGUUGGAAGUGCAACAAGAUUUGAUGAUAUUUCAGACUCUUUAACCCAUGUUCUUGUUGGAGAUCCUAACAAAGCUAAUAAUGAAUUGAAAUUAAUUCAAUCUAAAGGAAUUAAUCCUCAUAUUUUAACUGUUAAUUGGUUAGAAAAGAGUAUGAAAUUGAAAAAACCAGCACCUGAAGAUGAUUUUAUUUUGCCGAGAAAAGAAAAUAUAAAUACUCAGAUAACAGAACCAGCAUCUCCAUUAAGCAAAAAAAGUUUACAAUUAUUAAAAUCUAAAAAACCCCCAGUGCCUAAAUUCAAUAUAGAUCAAAUUCCACCGGCUGAUAAUAUAAACGAUAAUGAUGAGCCAGAUAUUGUUCAACAAUAUCUUAACAAAACUUCUGAUCGAACUGCUUUAGAAGUAAAUAGGUCAUUGAAUAUAGAAAACAAUGCAACAACUUUAGUUAAUCAAAGGCCAUCAUUAAAUGAUGGACCUGAUAAUGUAAGUUCAAUUCCAUUGAGUCAAAGUUGUUCUGUAACUGAACAAAUAUUUAAAAAAUUAAAAUUUUUUGUAACUGGUUUUAAUGAAGAAGAAAGUUGUAUAGUAAUAACAAGUAUUUCUGGGCUUGGUGGAAAAUUAGUUUCAAAUUCUUUCUCAGGUAUUCCUGAUUUCGGAGUGGUUCCCAUAACUGGAGCAAAAUUAAAACAUACAGUGAAUGAAAUAGUGACAAAUCUUUUUAUAGAUCAUUGUAUUGAUAGUGAUAAAUUAGUGGAUAUUGAAUAUUAUCAUCGACCAAUAUUGGUUCCAGAGGGUGUGAACCCAUUAAAAGAUUGUGUAGUAGCCACUAGUGGUUAUACUGGUGCCGAACGAAUUUAUUUAACACAUCUUGCUGUCUCUUUAGGAGCUAUGCAUCAAGAUUCAUUUGCUAAGAGGACUAAUAUUGAAAAAAAACAAUACGCUGGAACACAUUUGAUUUGUACUCUACCAAUGGGAAAUAAAUAUAAUGCUGCAGUAAGAUGGAAUCUUCCAGCCGUAACUGGAGAAUGGCUUCGAGCUUGUUUAAAUCAACUCUGUCGAGUUGAUGAAACACCUUACCUUGUUGGUGAAACAAUGGCUCCAGAAAGGCCACAAGAUGAACCACAAUCUUUAACAAUGGGUCCGCCAAAAAGUACUCCAACCAGACAAAUUUUUACUCCUAAAAGACAAUUAACUCAAACGCCAGGAAUUGACACACCUUUGAUUAAUAAACGUUUGAAUUUAUCUCAACAACAAAAUAUGGCUAAUUCCCCUUUCCAUGUAGCAACACCUAAUACACCUUAUGGACAAAUUUUUAAACCGAACCCAUCACCAGAUACUCGAAAAGCAUGGGCUAAAUGGAUUGAUGAUAUUCCAGAUGUAAAAGAACCUCCAGCAAAGCAACGUAGAGUUAGUACUCCUUUAACGGAGCUUAAACGACGAGUUUGGUCAGCAAUGCGUAAACCUCUUGAUUCCAGCCAAUUAAGUGAAUCAAUAUCUCAAAAUCAAAAUUUAUCUAAUUCUCAAGAUAAUCAUCAUGACUUAGAAAGUGAUACAGAUAAACCAUCUCACAAUAUUGUGCCUUUAGAACCUAAACAGUUGUCAUUCACAGAAGAAUCAAGUCCUACCAGAAAAAAUCAAAUAAGUGAGCAGCUUGAACAAAUGAAUAAAGUAUUUCAAGCAGCAACAUCGAAUUCCGAAAGUAGAUUUUCAUUACAUGGUGACAAUGUGAAAGUUUUUGCAGAAGCUACAGAUAAUAUCAACAAUUAUAUGCCCGCUACACAACCAGAAAGUGUUGGAUGGGAAGAUCCUCAUCCUCAUAUCUCUCUCAAAUCAUUUGGUGGUCAGACUAUUCAUGAAGAAACGACAUCGCAAUUGAACCAUGAGCAUAGCAAUCAGACAUUAACGCGAAAGUUUAUGCUAUCAGGUUUAAAAGAACGAGCACUUUAUGAGAAAAUUAUAAAGGAAUUAGGGGGAGAAGUUUCAACUGUCGGAAACUUUGAUAUUACAGCAACACAUUUAUUAUGCCUUAGACCAACGAGGAAUGAGAAAAUGGUAGGGAGUAUUGCAUCGGGUAAAUGGAUUCUUCAUUGCUCCUAUGUUCGAGAAUGUGAGAAAGCUGGAAAGUUUAUUGAUGAAGACGAAUUUGAAUGGGGAAACCCACGAAGUAUAUACGCUUCUGAGUUAGAUAAUGAACAAGAAAGGCAACUAGCUUUAGCAGCACACAAAUGGAGAAUUAAAUUAUCAGGAAAAAAUUCUGGUGCAUUUCAUGAUAUGGUAGCGAUGCUAAUGGUUUCUAAAGAGAAAUAUGCAACCUUUGAAAGGCUUAUUAAAGCUGGUGGAGGUACAGUUGUAGAAGCAAAACCUCCAUAUAAUAGUCCUAACGGUAAGAAAGUUACACAUUGUUUUAUACAAAUGAAUCAAUUAGAACAGCCUGUUGAUUGGGCGAUGCUUGCCAGCAAAGGUAUUUUAUGUUAUGUUCCAACGUAUUUAAAUAAAUUUUUAACGAUGGAUUAUUCGGAUCCUAAAGAUCAUGUUAUACCAGAAUUUAAAAAAUAUUUUCCACUUUUACCUAAAGAAUUAUUGAAAUAAAUGAAAAAAUUAACUAUU